AGUCAGAAGGAGGAGGAUGGAAAGGGAAGGAGGAGUUAAGACAAUAAUAAUUCUUAUCGCUCAGCUCUGUGCACAGUCUCUUCGCGAUGCCAAGCAGCAGCUGUGAUUCAUCCUCCUCCUUGUUGUGCUCCUCCAGUGUCUUCAUGUCUGUGCCGCACCUCGGUGUUUGCUCACCACCUAUAGAAUCGUGGAGCCUGCUGUUGGAACUCUCGCAGCUACUGCUGCUCGCCUUGGCGCUGGCCCUGCUGCUCGCGUCCCAGGGCAGCACCGCGCCCCGCCCCGUAGAGCAGCUGCUGCUCGCGUGGCUGCGAGCCGGGAGCGACGGGUGGCGCGGCGCGUGGCUCCGUGCCCUCAACGCGCAGGUCUCUCCGUGCUCUUCCCUGCGCUUCAUCGAUCUCUCCAUGCAGCUGACGUCUCUCACACUCAGCUCAGCCCUGCCAGAGGAUACCAGGCUGCUGUUUUGGUGGUGUGUAGGGGGGUGUGCGGGGGAACUGCUCGUGUCUGAGCGAGGCCGGGAACCCCAACGCUUGAAACUGCUGCCAUUUCACAUUGAGGUGAGCAUGUGUGCACAGGUACUGGAGGAGGGACUGCAUAUUACUUGGUGCCUAGGCUCAGAGUCCAACUUAACCAUCAUGUGUGACCCCAAGGAAUCCGGCGUUUUAGCAGACAAGGCAAUGCGGCUCCUUCUCGAGUCUCGCCCAAGUCUCAUCGUGUCCGCUCUUGCCGCAUCGCCCAGCAGCAGCAGUAGCAUCUCCUCUCUCCCCAGUAUUGAUAAAUUCGUCCGUGACCAGGUGGCUCCACAGGCAUCGCCCGCACGGCUACCCCAAUGCUACACUCAGGAGGAGCUGGUGUCACCGCUUUCAUCACCACCCCUCCCUUCCUCCCGGCUCCAGUCGACUCCACCUGACUGCUCGUCCCAACUCUAUCCCUCGUCUCGUAUUCACCCUUUGUUGGCGAUCCACGCCGACAUGCAGGGUGACAUACAGGGCGAUACGCAAGGUGCGAGAGACUGGUCUUCGCGGGAGACGUGGGGGUUGUCUUCGGAGGCAUCCCAAACAGUAUCUGAGGACGGUUCCGAGAUGCACGAGACAGCACGAGUCGUGCAGAGACAAUGCGGAUGGGACUCUCCCCUGGGUCAUGGAUCUCGGGCAUCCACUCAACCCUGGGGGAGCAGUUCACAGAGCCCGUCUCAGCCCUGGAGACACCGCUCGCAGAGCCCGUCUGGGAGGCUGCCCCACGCUCGACCUCGACGCGCAUCGCUGCAUGUGGAGGAGGAGGAGCCGCGGAGGCUACAGAAAUAUUACCUCCAGACUCCAUUCUCCUCCGGUACCCCUCUUGAUUAUGCCCGCGAAGUCAGCGACUGCAGGAGGAGUGGAUCGAGUGAGAGCGAUGGUGCCUGGCGUGGAGGCGAUAUGGUCAAGGGAUCACACAAGCAGUGUGGCUCUAAUGGUGUUGUCAUGGCAAAAGAGCCAAAACAGGAGAGGCUCUAUUCAUCUUCAACUCACCGUUAUGGGAGACAGUCCUCACGGGCCGGGACCAGGACCCUGGCGCGGAAUGGGACUGGGAUUGGAACUGUGACUCCAGCCCAAGCUGCAACUGGGGCUGGGGCUGAAGGUGGCACGAGGCAUGGACUUGUGGAUGGAGUUCAGGACUCAUUUGAAGAUUUCGUCGCUCGCUCUCGCCAUCCAGACGUUGUGCUCCAUCACAGCACCCCACGCUUAGCCUCCAUCGUCAUCAAGCGUCUCUCCAUGAGGCUCAAACAAUGACCAAGGCCAAUAGUGGCCUCACAGAGCUCAUUCUUUAUACAUAUAUGCAGUCUUAAAUGUAUUUUUUAGGAAUAAAAGUUUGUUUGCAGGCUAUGGCAGUACGUCUAUUGAUGACUGUUGGGCAUCUUCUCUCGGCACUGUAGCAGGCUGUGCAGAAAUGUAUUGUCACUCACUAUAAAGGAAACAGGAUUUUGCCCUCCUCACUGGAUUAUGAAGCCCUCUCUCGGCUGAAAUUCUUUGCUGUCCAUGACAUUUCAAGCCAAAUCCAUGCUUGAGAAUAUUCCCAGUCAUGCACAUCUUUUACAAAAAAAUGUACCAUUACAAUAUUUAUAUUUUGUAGGUUACACCACAUAGCGCUAUCAGGGGUUAUUGCGUGUUCAUAAAACCUUACAUGCACCUGUGCAGAUAGACGGAAAUAUUGUUUCUAGUCAAUUCCUGUGGCUCCAGGAACGGUUACAAUGAUGCCUACAAUCUCAAUGUGCUUGAUCUGAGCUAAAGGGUUUAUAAAAUCCUGCAUGCAAGGAAGAAAAUGUUUAUUUGUGGUCUGUUUGAAGUUUGAUGUUACCGUUUCUGAAGAUGUUUCUCUUAUUCAAGUGUCAUAGCUCGUGACACUUCUUCACUCUGGCAUAUGUGUAGUGACGUAUAUUGAGUCACUAUUGCAUCUAGCGCCAACUAUUGGAAGAAAGGUGGUGCUGUGCAUGUUAGCGUCUCUGGCACCAGUGUGCAUGCCAUAGAAGCAGGCCCUUGGGGGCAGGCUUCUGGUUACGGCCAGAGAGAGGGCACUUCACACGUGACAUAAGGCCCAGAACCUUCCAGUAGGAUCUAGAAGGAGGCGUGGCCUAGGGCGGAGCCAGGCCACGUUCAGAGGCAUAAAAGGGAAGUCCCGAGCGCCGAUCCGGGCUGCCUCUGGGAAUGGAACCCGCCGGGCUACGUUUUCGAUCUUCGGUCUUCGCGCAUGGCAUCGUGGACCAGGCAGUGUGUUAACUGAUCUGGUCUGAGUGUGUAGUUACCCGUGGUGGUCACCACUGUCGUUAUCCAGUGAACGUUUAUACAGUUACCCUGUUGGGGUGUUAUAAUAAACGUGUUGCCUCC